UCUAGGAAUGAUGGAGAUGAUUCUGAUCAUCAUGUUGAAUUUGCUGGUGGAAAUGUGAACCUCAUAACUACCAAAGAAAGUUGGGAUCAAAAGCUGGCAGAUGCUAGGAGAGAUGGGAAAAUUGUGAUUGCCAAUUUCAGUGCAUCAUGGUGUGGUCCUUGUAGAAUGAUUGCACCGUCAUACUGCGAAUUAUCCGAGAAACAUCCUUCUCUUAUGUUUCUAACAGUUGAUGUUGAUGAACUAACUGAAUUCAGUGCGUCCUGGGAUAUCAAAGCCACUCCUACUUUUUUCUUUCUAAGAGAUGGACAGCAAGUUGACAAACUCGUGGGGGCCAAUAAGCCAGAGCUGCAGAGGAAGGUAACUGCCAUUCUAGAUUCAAUCACCCCAUGCCAGAAAUAACUGCUGUGAUGGUUCCGGUCUUUGUUCUCCCUUGUGAAUUAUUGUAAAUGAGUUCUCAUUUGGGCUGGUAUUUGUGCUGCAUUGGCUUUGCAAAUAUGAUGGAGCACCAAGCCUAAUAUGACUGAUUUGUUCGUCGUUUAGCUAGUACAUGGCAUAAACAAGUCUGUGCAAGAUGUGUCUAAAGGAGGCUUUUGGCAUUGUAUAAGGCAGUCAGGUUCGACAGUAUUCAAGUCUUUCUAGACCAAGUAAAUCCCUAUUCAGAUGUGUGAGAGUGGGGAGUUCAAAGUAGUGUUUCUUUCCGUGGUGAAAAACCUUUUUGUUAGCUUGUUUUAUCAUCAGUAAAAUCUAAAAUUUCUCCAUUUUCAUAGCAUAAAUCUGUUUUGUAUAAGGCAGUCGAGUUUGACAGUAUUCAGGUCUUUCCAGACCAAGUAAAUCCCUAUUCAG